AUGUUCGGUAACAACGCUCAAGGCGCCAACAAGCCCAUAUUUGGGUCAGCUGCUGGCACUGGCAAUAUCUUCGGCACCAAUGCGAAUACCUCAAAUGCUGGAUCCUCUGCGACAGGUGGUAUGUUCGGAAAUGUAGGAGCUGCACCAUCCGGAACACCCUCCGGAACACCCUCCGGAGGCGCAUCUGCUUCACCCUUUGGAGCAGCCCAACCCUCUCUUUUCGGCAGUGGUACCACCAACACCACUAGCGGCAAUGCCUCAUUCGGAUCCAACGCCACAUCUUCCUCCCAAAAAUUCUCAUUCGGUGGAGCUCAGCCAUCAUUUGCUGGAAGCUCAACUCCGGCAAAGACAGAAACAGCUACACCCAACACUACAGCCGGUGCAGGUUUAUUUGGUGGAGCAGGUGGUAGUAGCGCAUUUGGGAGUUCGAACACGCCCGGUCCCUCUACGGGAUCCUUGUUUGGGACCAACUCAACCACUCCCGCCGGACCUCCUCCAGCAGCCAAGGCGCCGCUCUUUGGCGUGAAUGCUGGAUCUACGAAUGCUCCUUCUAACACCACACCAGCUGCUGCCCCGCCGCAGGCAACUGGCGGCCUUUUUGGUCCCGCGCCCACUGCAUCGGCCACCUCAAAAUUGUCAUUCGCAUCUACUCCUGCUGCCGGUGGUCUCUUUGCUCCAAAGCCGGCUGAAUCCUCGACUCCGGCCACCACCACUGCAGACAGCACCCCCAAGCCCAGCAUGUUCGGAACCACCACCCCGGCGACGGGUGCUGCGCCAAAUUCGCAAGGUACCCUGUUCAAAAUGCCCUCUGCUGGGGGCGACGCGGCUGCAAAGCCCAGUCUAUUCGGGGGUGCUCCUGCUACAGCUAACACAGGUGCAACUCUGCCUUCUUUGGGAGCACCCGCAGCUUCUAGCGCUGCGCCCCAAAAGUCUUUGUUCCCUUCCCUUGGUGGUAAUACAUCCUCUGCUACACCCUCAUCCACACCUGCUGCUCCUGCUGCUGCUCCUGCUCCUGCUACUGGGCUGUUUGCCCCCAAGCCAGCUACAUCCACCACUCAAGGGGCCACGGCUACCACAUCCACACCCGCAGCCACAUCUGCCACCCCAGCCCCCCUCGGGGGAUUGUUUUCUAAGCCGGCUACUUCCACCCCGUCUACUCAGCCUGUCGCCACCACUACCAUAGGUGCUAGUGCUGAUAAAACCACUGCCGCGGCAGCAGCUCCGUCCACGACUGCCACUGCUGGUGCGCCAGCUGGUACUGGUGCCGCUGCUCUUGGUCAGUCAACUACAGGACCUGCUCCCCCAGCCCAGUCACGACUCAAGAAUAAGACCAUGGAUGAAAUCAUUACUCGAUGGGCAACAGAUUUGACCAAAUAUCAAAAAGAGUUCCGUGAGCAAGCGGAGAAGGUCGCUGAGUGGGAUCGGAUGCUGGUAGAAAAUGGAACUAAAGUGCAGAAGCUCUAUGGCAGCACUGUUGAUGCAGAGCGCGCUACCCAGGAAGUUGAACGUCAAUUGGCCUCGGUGGAAGGUCAGCAAGACGAGCUGAGCUCGUGGCUGGAUCGUUACGAGCGAGAAGUGGAUGAGUUGGUUUCUAAGCAGGGAUCCCCCAACGAGAACAUCUCGGGUCCGGAUCAGGAACGGGAGAGAACAUACAAACUGGCCGAGAAGCUCUCCGAGCGUUUGGAUGAGAUGGGCAAGGAUCUGACCAGCAUGAUCGAGGAGGUGAACGGUGCCUCAGCAUCCCUUACCAAGACCAACAGAGCAGACGAACCCAUCUCCCAGAUUGUGCGCAUUCUCAACUCGCACUUGUCUCAAUUGCAGGUCAUCGACCAAGGUACAUCCGAACUGCAGGCCAAGGUUUCUGCCGCUCAAAAGGCUGGCCAGUCGAUCUCCUCUCGCCUUGGCUACGGAUAUGCUAGUCCUGGUAUGGGUGGUGGCAGCCAUGUUGCGGAUGAUUUCUAUCGCUCGUACAUGGGACGGCGCUAA